UCUUAAUUUAAUAUCUUUUAUAAAUGGAGUAAGAUUAGAAAGUGGAAGAUUUUGUGAUCAAGAAGUCAGAGUUUCUAGGAAAAGGACAAUAUGGUGUUGUUUAUGGAUGCUAUUCAGAGAAAUUGAAGGAUUAAAAAUUAUGUGCCAAAGUAUUCAUCUAUAGGGAUUGUAUAUAGGUUCUCCAAGCCCAAAUUGAGAAGGGCUUGAUUGAUAGAGAAAUCAAAAUCUUAGAGUAACUGAAUAAAGUUGACAAUCCCAAUCUAGUGAAAAUUUAUAGAGUGAUCAAGGAGGAACGACAAAUAUACAUCAUUAUGGAGAGAUGCACCGGGGGAGAUUUGAAGCAGUUAAUGGACCAAUACCAAAUAUAAAAAAAAUAAUUCACCCUAGAGCAAAUUCAAGAUAUUGCUAGACAAAUAAUCUUGGGAUAUAAAUCCCUAUUUGACAUCAAAGUUAUACACAGAGACAUCAAGCCAGCCAAUAUUCUUAUUGAAAACAAUGGAAAGGGCCAGAUUGUUGUGAAAGUAUCUCAUCAUUCAUAUCAACCUAGUUAACUGACUUUGGAAUGGGAAGAAUGCUCGAUGAUAUUACUAAAAAAUAAGUAUUAACAAAAGUAGGUACUCCAGCCUAUGCAGCACCUCAAUUGUACUUGGAAGAUCAAUACUCCUCUAAAUGCGACGUCUAUUCUGUAACCUAUGUCAUCUCAUUCACUAGUUGGGUGUCAUCCUCUAUCAGUUAGCCUUCAAUAAUAGAUUGCCAUUCACCGCCAAAACAAUCCCAGAAUUAACUCAAUUCCUCAAAGAUCUUAAAGUCAAACCCUUCCAAUGUCCAGAACUAACACAAGAGGGACCCUAAUAAACUAAGAAAGCAAUCCAAAGUCUAAUCAAUAAAAUGAUGUAAUUCAGUGAAGAGGCAAGACCAGGAUGGGACGAUCUAUUGAAGAGUGAACUAUGUAAUUGUGUACCCCCCUAUAUUUUAGUUGAGGCACCCACCAAAGCCUAGGAUUUUGAUUGCCAAGGUGAAAUGAAAUUGUUGGACUCCAUCUUUUUGUAUCAAUAGCAGUAGGGCUAACAAUAAUACUUCAACGAGGCUAAAUUCAGAGCAGCUUGCAAAUUUGCUAAUCAAAACAAAAUUACCAAGGCUGAUCGCAUUAAUCAUUUGGUUUCUCUAUUUUUGGCAAAGGCAGAACUGUCCUUCAAUCUUUCCCAAGCCCUUUAAGAAUAACUGUACAUAAUUGUGAUUAUAAUAGCUUAACAUAAUUCCCUUAUUUCAAUGUUUACCAUUUUGAGUUGCUCCAAACUUGCAUCAUUGGCUAUCGUUAUAAGAUUUUGAUGAAUGCCUUUGGUUUCUGCUUUAAUUGUUUGGAUGUGAUUUGUGAGGAGAUGAGGAAAAUGUACGAUAAUCAAGCCUUAAAAUAAACCUUAUAAGAAUAUUAGAAUGACCAUUCUGAAUGGACUGAACAAACAAAAGAAAAUAUUAGCGAAUUUUUGAAUUUAUCGAAUAAGGCCUUUAUCCAUGCUGAAAAUCAAAUCAUCAAACUCAUGAAGAGCAACACUUAUCCUCACAACAUCCAAAACUUCUAAAAGCUCAUGUCCAUCAUUGAAAACACAGAGUUCAAAAUCUAUGGAAGAUGGUUUUAAUUCUUUUGGAAAUAGGAUCUAAGAAAACUUUUGGUUUAUGAUAAAUCAAAGCAAUACGAUAUUGGAUAUCUCAAGUAAUCAAUACUAUUUAGAGUAGAAUGUUGGUUCUAAUCGAGAAGUUUUUGAACAUUGAUACCGAAUUUCCUUUUGAGAAGUACAGUGAACAAGAUCCAUAGCAGAUUGUGCUCAAUGAAAAUUUAACAAAACAACAGUUGGAAGUCCUUGUGCAAAAUAGAAAAAAUGUUUGAGUUAUAAUAAUAGAAAAUAAUAUUUAAUUUGCUAUUAAUAAACU